AUGACAACUUAUUCUAAUGACUCGGACGAGAAUGCAUUCGAAAGCAUCGAAGUGCCUAUACCACGUCCCGUUCGAUUUUGGAUUUUUCUUCUAGCUGAUGUUCCAUCAGUUGUCUGUAGUUUCGUUCUUUUGAUUUACUUCUGGAAGAAUCACUCAACUCGACGAACAUUGAAUAAUCAUGUUGUUUUUCUCAUAUUAAUAUGUGGUCUAGGUGUUGAAUUAGUCGAUGUACCCUUUCAUCUCGCAUAUAUCAUCGAUUCGGGUAUUGUAAAACCUUCAACUCCAGCAACUUGUCUCAUCUGGUGGUUUAUUACUUAUGGAUUAUUUAAUGGUCAGCAAAUACUUUUGGCAUGGGCAGCCAUCGAAAGACAUAUUCUUAUAUUCAAUGCUCAGUUAAUGACAACGAAACGUGCUCGAUACUGUGCUCACUAUUUGCCUUUGAUGGUUACAUUUUUAUAUAUAUUGUCUUUUUAUAUCUAUGCUAUUUUCAUCUUUCCAUGUGAGAAUACUUUUGAUUAUAAUUUACCAGCGUGUAACGCAUCACCGUGCUAUCAGAAUGAUUCGCUGAUGGGUAUGUGGGAUUUCAUCGGAAAUAAUAUUGUACCAGGACUUUUAAUCACAUUUGUAAGUAUCGCUCUGCUAAUUCGUGUAGUUCGACAAAAGCAACGUUUAAAACAGCAAAUUCAUUGGCGUAAACAUCGCAAAAUGACAGUACAGUUACUAUUAAUGGCGAUAUUAUCUAUGAUCUUUAUUCUUCCAUUGAAUCUACUUUCACUUGCACAUUUAUGUGGUUUGCCUGAAGAAAUCGGUGCAGAUGAAGAGCAAUAUCUGUUCUACACUGCGUAUCUAUUCAUAUUUUUCAUUCCGUUUGUUGUACUAUACUCAACAUCAAAAUUAUGGGCUACAAUCAAAAUGAAACUGUUGUGUCGCUUACAUCAUCGUAUUGGUGUACAUACGAUAAACCACGCGACAGUUAAUACGACUCGAAGAUAG